CACAACUUCCUCCUCUUGAUCACUUCGUUGGUCUCUCCUGCAGCUGAAUCCUCGCUGUUGAUUUCAUCUGCAACUCGCGACUGAGCGUGUUCCUCCUCCCGUGUUUCGAGACCAACCGAACAGAACAAUCCUUUUCACAAUGGCGGCUGCAGUCGCGGAAAACGUCACCGUUAGGUGCCGGCAGCUGACCGGCCACGCGACGGUUGAGAGGAAUGGACGGAAGAGCGUCAGCCUCCAGACGCGCUUCCUCUCUCGCGGACAGCGGAAGGAGCUCGCAGCGUUGCGCGUUCAGCUCAGGAAGUCCGCAGCUCGCUCUGUGACGGCUGCAGCAGUCCGUGAUCCCGUGGCGGCAGCAGCGCACACUGCCCCAGCGGUGGAGAGCAUCACGCUGGAGCCCAUCUCUCGGAUCAGCGGCACUGUCAACCUGCCCGGGUCCAAGUCCCUCUCCAACCGCCUGCUGCUGCUCGCCGCUCUUGCCAAGGGCGAGACAGUGGUGGACAAUCUGCUGGCCAGUGAUGACGUCACCUACAUGCUUGCCGCCCUGCACUCCCUGGGCGUGCCCCUGGUGGAGAUCCCCGACAAGCGUCGGGUGAUAGUCACGGGCAGCGGGGGGGUCUUCCCCGCAGGAAGGGAGGGCUCGGAAGGCGCGGAAGGGGAUGUGGUGGAUCUGUUUCUGGGGAACGCGGGCACGGCCAUGCGGCCGCUUACUGCUGCCGUGGCGGUGGCUGGAGGCAACAAGAGCUAUGUGCUGGACGGAGUUCCCAGGAUGCGGGAGCGCCCCAUAGGCGACCUCGUGAGCGGGCUGCAGCAGCUGGGGUGCGACUGCGAGUGCUCCCUGGGGACCAACUGCCCGCCUGUGCGCGUGGCGGCCAAGGGAGGACUGCCUGGAGGCACGGUGAAGCUGUCAGGGGCUGUCAGCAGCCAGUACCUCACGGCCCUCCUCAUGUCCCUUCCUCUAGCCAAAGGCGACAGCUACAUUGAGAUGAUCGACAAGCUGGUGUCGGUGCCGUAUGUGGAGAUGACGCUGCGCCUCAUGGAGCGGUUCGGGGUGGCCGUGCAGACAGAGGGCGUCUGGGAGCGCUUCGCCAUCCCCGGCAACCAGACGUACAUUUCCCCUGGGCGUGCGUUUGUGGAGGGCGAUGCGUCCAGCGCCAGCUACUUCCUUGCUGGCGCUGCCAUCACUGGCGGCACUGUGACUGUGCAUGGGUGUGGAAGGAGCAGCCUGCAGGGUGACGUGCACUUCGCUUCAGUGCUCGAGCAGAUGGGUGCUACAGUGACGUGGGCUGAGGAGAGUGUGACUGUAACGGGGCCGCCUCCUGCAGCCAAUGGGAGCAUCCGGCGGCUCAAGGGCAUCGAUGUGAACAUGAACAAGAUGCCAGAUGUCGCCAUGACAUUGGCCGUUGUGGCCCUCUUUGCCGAGGGUCCCACUGCCAUCCGUGACGUGGGAACGUGGCGUGUGAAGGAGACGGAGCGGAUGAUCGCUAUCUGCACUGAAUUGACCAAGCUGGGAGCGCAUGUGGAGGAGGGACCUGACUACUGCAUCAUCACGCCGCCCGAGCGCGUGCUGCCAGCGGAGAUCGACACGUAUGACGACCACCGCAUGGCCAUGUCUUUCGCGCUCGCCGCCUGCUCCGGAACGCCGGUGGUGAUUCGGGACCCUGGAUGCACCCGCAAGACGUUCCCUGACUAUUUUGAUGUGCUCAAGGGCGUUUCGCACUGAAGGGAGUUGCAACAUUGAGUGUAAUUGUUGCCGUGAUGUGGUUAGGGGCUUGUUAUUGAGAAGAGAUCGAAUUUUGACCUAAUGUGCACUGAAUUUUGCACUGAUGUACGGUACCUUAGCUGUUUGUGCAACCUUAGUUCUGGUUAUCGUGAGCCCAUGGUUUAUUAUUGACC